UGAAACAAUGGAACUCCCUCCCUCCCUCCCCAGUCAAUGAGUUUGUCAAUCAAAAAGCGGCUCCCUUUGAAGUCGAGGAGCAGUCCCCUUGGUCCUAAACACAAACUGCUUCAGAUCUUUCUUCUCUCUCCGUUCUGCUGUACUUUGACUGAUCUCCUUGCUCGCUCUACCCCUCUCACUCCCACUAACUGCAACUUUUAACGCUGCUUCACCCCCCCCCCCCCCCCCUCUCUUUCCUUCCCCAAGCAGUUUCACUGUAACAAGCAACUUUGCACAGUGUGUUAAACACACAGAAAAAGCGAAGUUGGGGGAGAGUUUGGGGACUGGGGAGGGGGGGAGGGAGGGAGUGAGAGAGAGAGAGAGCGAGAGAGAGAAAGAAAGAAAGAAAAAUCCCAAGCAACAACAACCAAAAAUGCCGCAGCUGAACAGCGGUGGAGGGGAUGAUUUGGGUGCGAACGAUGAAAUGAUCGCGUUCAAGGAUGAAGGAGAGCAGGAGGAGAAAGCCUCGGAGAACGCUCUGACCGAGACAGACCUGGCAGACGUGAAGUCAUCGCUGGUCAACGAGUCGGAGACGGGCCAGAACAUUCACCCUGCUCCACCCGACCCCGAGGCGAUCGCACGAUCCCGGGACGGUCAAAGAAUCUACCAAGAUAAAUCCAAAGAGCACAUCGAUGACGUUUCAAAGCAGCAUCAAGAUGGAGGUAUGUUCAAAGGGACAACCUACUCAGGCUAUCCCCACUUCCUGAUGCUUCAAGAUCCUUACCUGGCCAAUGGAUCCCUCUCCCCCACUGAUUUUCCACAAGGAAGGAUUCCCCGAAAUGCAGGGUGGUAUCAUCAAACACAUGCAUGCCCGACACUCAACUACAGGAUGAAUCAGAAGGAAUGCCAUUUAAUGUGUGCACAGCCAGUUUUAAUGCAAUCCAACAAAACCAAUUCGAACAAGGUUCCAGUGGUGCAGCCCACCCAUGCAGUCCAUCCCCUCACCCCCCUCAUCUCCUACAGCAACGAGCACUUUCCCUCCAACCCACACUCACCACACCUUUCAUCUGAAAUGAACCAGAAAACAGGUUUGCAUCGGUCUCCUCAGGGCCCAGAUCUGGCUGCGUACUAUUCCAUGUCUCCUGGGAGCGUGGGACAAAUGACGCCGGCAAUGGGAUGGUUUCCCCAUCCUUUGGUACUUGGCCCCCCAGGCAUUCACUCUACAGGGAUCCCUCAUAGCGCCAUUAUGAGCACCUCCGGCAAGUCAGACAUGAAUCAGUACGACAACGGCCUCAGAUGCAUGAAGUCUAAUCCUGAACCAAAAAGGGAAAAGGAGAGUAAAAAGCCGACUAUUAAAAAGCCCCUCAAUGCAUUCAUGCUCUACAUGAAGGAAAUGAGAGCAAAAGUGGUUGCAGAGUGUACUCUGAAAGAGAGCGCAGCCAUCAAUCAAAUCUUGGGCAGAAGAUGGCACGCUCUGACCCGUGAGGAACAAGCAAAGUACUACGAACUGGCAAGGAAAGAACGGCAACUGCACAUGCAGCUUUACCCAGGCUGGUCUGCCAGGGAUAACUAUGGGAAAAAGAAAAGGAGGAAAAGAGAUAAGCAGCAAGAUUCUGAUCAAGAUCCAAGCUCACCUAAGAAAUGCCGGGCACGCUUUGGCCUUGACCAACGGACAGACUGGUGUGACCCCUGCAGAUACAAACACCACAAUGAUGUGCCGUCCAUUGUUCGAGCUUGAUCUUCAAUAGAUGCGGUGCCUCAGCUGCAGGAAGAAAAAGAAAUGCGUUCGGUACAUGCAAGGAUAAGAAAGGUGCAUAAGGCCCAGCAUCUUAAGAUGGACGUAUAAUGGACAGUCCUUCCUCUCCUCCUCAUGCACUUCAGCAGCCUUGAGAAGAAACUUUACCCAAGCUUGCUAAUUCUCCCUUACUCCUCCAGCCUCUGUCAGCUCCAGCCUAACACAGACCUCAGCGGACUUCUCUCUACCUUCCUCCUUGGACCCACAACAAUACCGUAGACCUUCACUCAACGACCCUCGGCAGCAGAAGGUGCUGAGAUAAUGGCCAACUUCUUCUUUCAAUCGCUUUGAUUAAUGAGUGAUACCUUUAUGCAUAGAUGUGGAAGAUUCCACCGCACCCUUGGCCAGUCCCAGCCAGAGUCGUGUGCAUUCGAAGAGCUACUGCUUGUAACUUGCACGUCAAGUUUGGUGUGUUCUCAGGAAACAAGACAGCAUCCGAUCCUCCGCUCUCAAGACUUGUCUGGUUGUGUGGCAUUGAAUGGUUCAUUGUCAAUUAAAGUGUUCCCUGCA